AAUUUUAACCAACAAGACCAACCGACCGACUCCAUAAGUCGCCCCCACUCUUAAAAUUUAAUUCAACAAUUCCAUUUGGCCUCCUCCGAUUCCGAUUUUCCGAUCCGGGCUUCACUUAUGAGCUCCUCCGACGCGUCCGACUCGUCGUCGGGAGCCAAGCCCUGCGCAGCGGUUGCCGACAAGGACAAGCAGAAGGAGAAGGCGAGAGUGAGCCGCACCUCGCUCAUACUCUGGCACGCUCACCACAACGACGCCGUCGCCGUCCGGAAGCUUCUAGAAGAAGAUCGCAGCCUCGUUCAGGCCAGAGACUACGACAACCGCACUCCUCUCCACGUCGCCUCCCUCCACGGCUGGAUCGACGUCGCCAAGUGCCUUAUCGAGUACGGCGCCGAUGUCAACGCUCAGGAUCGUUGGAAGAACACUCCUCUGGCGGAUGCUGAGGGAGCGAAGAAGCACACCAUGAUUGAGCUGUUGAAAUCUUACGGUGGCUUGUCUUAUGGACAAAAUGGGAGUCAUUUCGAGCCGAAGCCGGUGGCGCCUCCUCUGCCUAACAAGUGUGAUUGGGAAAUUGAGCCUGCUGAGCUUGACUUCUCUGGUUCCGUUACCAUAGGGAAGGGCUCAUUUGGUGAGAUUUUGAAAGCGCACUGGCGUGGAACACCAGUGGCUGUCAAACGCAUUCUUCCAUCCCUUUCUGGUGAUAGAUUAGUGAUUCAGGAUUUCCGGCAUGAAGUUAAUUUGCUUGUGAAGCUUCGCCACCCUAAUAUAGUCCAAUUUCUUGGGGCUGUCACAGAGAAGAAGCCCCUUAUGUUAAUUACUGAGUAUUUAAGAGGGGGAGAUCUUCAUCAAUACCUCAAGGAAAAGGGUUCACUUAGUCCUUCAACAGCUAUCAGCUUUGCCUUGGACAUUGCCAGAGGGAUGGCUUAUCUUCACAACGAGCCAAAUGUCAUAAUUCACCGAGACCUAAAACCAAGGAAUGUUCUUUUAGUCAAUUCCAGUGCAGACCAUCUCAAAGUUGGAGAUUUUGGACUAAGCAAGCUCAUUAAGGUUCAAAAUACUCAUGAUGUGUACAAAAUGACUGGAGAAACUGGAAGUUAUCGAUAUAUGGCUCCCGAAGUUUUUAAGCACCGGCGAUAUGAUAAGAAGGUUGAUGUGUUCUCUUUUGCAAUGAUACUAUACGAGAUGCUUGAAGGAGAUCCACCACUUGCAAAUUACGAGCCUUAUGACGCAGCCAAAUUUGUGUCGGAAGGACACAGGCCAAUGUUUCAUGGAAAAGGACACACCCCUGAACUAAAAGAGUUAAUAGAGCAAUGCUGGUCUGCUGACAUGAACCAAAGGCCUUCCUUCUUGGAAAUCCUGAAAAGGCUAGAGAGGAUAAAAGAACAUCAUCAAACAGACCAUCACUGGCACCUAUUCAAUACAUAAGUCUGAAGGUGAUGACUUUAUCAGGAUGUCUUUUUCUCAACAAA